CGAAGAGAAGAAAACAGCUGUCUAAUGAUUUAAUUCUUUACGGUUUUUUUUUAAAUAUCUUAUGCUGAAUUCACGAGAACAGAUUCUUAAUCAAUUUAUAAAUAUUUUAUUAUCUCUGUGAAAAUAUCAUUUCAUCUUACAUUUUCAACAGUUAGGAAUGAAUGUUUUGUAAGAAUGGUGAUAAUGGAUUUAUUCACGUGAUUUUAUAAAGAUGAAUUCUUUAUUUUCUCUUUUAUGGAUUUGAGUUGACGUGGCUGACAGGAAAAAAAUUUGAAUGCAUGAACAAUAGAUUCUAAUCCGCAAAUUCGGAAAAGACGCUAGCUUUACUUGGAUAAUAUACAAUACAAAUGUUAUUCCUACGUGUUGCCUGAGAACGUAGUACUUUACGUGUAAUAUUUCGUUGCCAAAAUAACUUAAGACAAUAACACUGUUAUUUGUUUAUUAUAUCAAACUAAAAACCACCUGAACUCCUAUGAGGUCAUUGGUAAUUGUCCAUAUGAUAGUCCGGAAGUUUAAAAAUAAUACUUUAUAUUUGUUAUCAAAGAUGUUACGGCAAUUUACAAAUAUAAGGGCUAGAGAUGUCGUUAAGUGUAUACAAGUUGUUGUAACCAUCAUUUUACUGGUAUAUCUUGGAACAGUACAUUUACAUGGAUUCUUUUCAGCAAAAGAAAAAGAAUUUAUAGAGCAAAGAAGCGAAGCAGAAACUUCUUCCCCGUAUAAACAAGAAUCACUAGAAAAAUAUAAACAACAUAUGGCCAAACAGGAAGAGACAAAAACAAUGACAACAAAAGCGCCACCAAUAAUUGAUAAAGAUGUUUUAAGAAGAAAUGAUACAACCCCAGAACUAACGGAAAAGUUACCGUUCUUACCUGAUUACAAAUCACCGUGCUGGAAGGAACUGGAUGAGGUUCUAGGUCCGGAAGUUAAGAUUAACUGUUUACCAUAUUUCUAUGUUGUCGGCGUCUCCCAGUGCGGAACUAAAGAUCUGUUUGAAAGACUCACCCAACAUCCUCUAAUCUCAGGAAACAUGAAAGCUGGAAACCGAUGGUUCACAAGACUACGUUUUGGAGGUUUUCCGUUACUAUCGGAUUAUUUACAAUACUACUAUCAUGCCGUGGAAACAGACAUUAAGAGAAUUACAACUAACGACGGCUAUCACAACGCCAUAUUCGGCGAUUUUACACCAUCAACAAUUUGGGACAAUCACUUCUUACAAAGCGCGGCAAGGAAAAAGAACGUGACGGACCCGCCAUAUACAAAUGCUGACGUCAUCAAACAUCUGAAUCCGAACGCUAGAAUUAUUGUGCUGUUGUGUGACCCUUUAGAGAGGCUGUUCAGUGAUUAUAUACAAAUUGCGGAAGAUUUCGAAGCCCCGCCCCUCGUCGACGAAUUUCAUGAUCAUGUCGUAAAUGCAAUGACCAGGUUCUCCAAUUGUUUGAAGAACAACACGUAUCUUAGUUGUGUGUAUUUUGGGAAACCCUCUUCGUCAUAUCGAGCUGCAGGGCUGUCACGGAUAGAGAUUGGACUAUAUCAUACACAUCUAGCGAAUUUUAUGAAGGUUUUUCCGAAGAAUCACAUGCUGAUCAUCAGCAAGGAGAUGCUUGACAAAGAUUCCGCUAAAAUUUUACAAAAAAUCUUUGAUUUUUUGGAUGUUGGUCCAAUAAAAGAUCCUAUAGUAUGGCAGCAUAUCACGUCAUUUAGAAACACCGAACAUUCACGACCGAUUGGUGACAUGAAGCCGGAAACCAGAAAACUUAUUCAAGACUUUUAUUAUCCACACAAUUCAAGACUUGCUAAACUGAUUGGACAAGAUUUUAAUUACAAUAAAAAUACAAGUAGCCAAAGACGUCUAAAAUAAAUAUGGAAGUUUAUUAAAGGCACAUUAUGCCUUAGAGAUCCAUAUUGAACAAACAUGUGUUUAAUAAUGUUAUAAUAAUUAAUUUGUAUGUUAGAUCUUUAACAGCUGUAGAAAUAGCACUGAUAAGUUGUUAAGUUAGCAAAAUGUAAACAAUGAAGUAUUUUGACUUCCAUACAAAAUACAAAUUCACUAUGAUUGUACCAAUGGCCAACAAAGCAAAAAGGGCAAAGAUAAAUAUUUUUUUGGAAACUGUAACAAGAUAAUAAAAAUAAAACGUUUUUAAGAAAUAAAAAUUAUAGCAUUUCUGAGGCAUAAUGGGCCUUUAAUUAUAUUGUAACACUAAAUGUCUUGUUGGUUACUUUUCUAUUACCACUGUAUAAAAAUGUCUGUAUUUUUAAAAAAUGCCAAUAUUGGAGGCUUUCAAUCAUCUGUUCUGAAUUGUCUAUGUGACGGGUGGCACGUUAGCAGACAAUUUUUUGUUCUUGCCUGGAAUAAUUCUAGUGACUUGUAUUUCUUUGACUAGAUAAUAUCAAAGCAGAAACGAUGAACAUUUAUUAAGUGUUUUUUACUUUGUUGUGUCAAUGUGUUUCCGCAUUUUCUCUGCAAAAACUAAAGACACGACAGAUAUGUAAAAACACGACGCAUUUUAUGUGUCGUAUCAUCGUUCUUCUUCUGUCGUUUUUCCCCAUGUUGAGAAAAUGCAAAAACACGACACGACAAAGUUCCCUUUUGUUACUUCAUGUUUUGACGAAAGAGCGAAAAUACGACAUGGCGUAAAUCAGCCACCAUACCUCUAUGUCACUGUUUACAUGUUUUUCCAAGUACGUUUUUACUGUGGUAACUUAUUACUCUUUCAAGAUGCUUUGUAUAAAGAACACAAACAAUUACACGUGAUACUUUUAUGAUUUUUAUUGUCAAAAUUUCAAGUUCAUUAUUUAGUUAAAACAUAGUUACGUUGUAAAAAAAGAUGUUCUUAAAUACAUGAUUUUAAUUUCAUUCCUGGCCAUCAUCAAUUUAUGUGAAGAAUGCAUUUAAAACAAUGGGGAAAAGACCAAACAAAUAGAAUUAAAGACUGCAGAGCUAUUUCUUAUGAAACAUUUUUUUUUCAUAAUAUUUAUAACCAUAACAAUUUCCAUAUUUUUGUGGAAUAUUCUUGACAGAGUUAUAAAAUGGAAUGUCAUUGCUUUUUAACACACAUAAAUAUUGAAAAUAAACAGAAUGGACAAAAUGC